GGGCGCUGGUGUGUCCCGGGAGUCUCUCGCUGACGCUCGGGCGGGCGGGUUCCUCUCGGAACGUGUCCCCGCCGGGUUGCAGCGCUGGGGUCAGCGAGGCGGGGCGGGGCGCGGCAGGGCAGCGAGCGAGCUGCUCAGUCUCGCGGGGCCCGGCUGCCGCUCCGCGGGAGGUGCUGCGAGGCGCAGGGGUGUUAGACUCCCGCCCUGUGGUUACCUGGGGGGCUAGGGGACCCCGUGCGGGGGAACAGCUGCUCUCCCAGCCCUGCCGCCUCCCCCUCCCGCGUGUGAGGUCGGCGAGAGAGACACGGAGUGAAGAUCCAUGUGCGUCAGCGGACGAGAGCGGUUAGGUGGGAGAGUGUUUGUCCCGUUCACAGCGUGGGCCCAGCUGCUGCAGCGCUCUCUGAGCCACCAGUGGCCUGGGGUGAAGGAAAAGUUGGCCUCGAGGGAACUUGCUGUCAGCAGCAAAGUCUUUCCUAGGCCAUGGUCCUGCAUAAAAGGAACACCAGAUAGCUCUGCAUCCCUUAAAAAUAUUGUUUUUCCAUACAGGCAAGGGCACUGGAGGCCACUUUCUUAUUGACUAUGUUCUCUUCUUUGAAUUAGUUCCUAGGUGUGGUUAAGGAUUAUAAUGCACCAGAAGUAAAUCAGUGGGACUGAAAGGUUUCUAUAUUUAUGUCAAUGAAGUCAUCCUUUCCCCACUCUUACUUUUUCAAUCUUUGGGGGUGGGAGGUGCAACGGCAGUUUUCUAAAAUGAACCUGAAAGGAACUUGUAAUCAUUGUGUUAAUUUGUUUUAGUUUUUAGACUCCUCUUUCUAGAUAAAGACAUUUAAAGAAGUAAGAGAGGCUAAAUUGCUAUUAAUGUACUGAUAGUAUCCAGGAAGAUACCAGUGACUGUACCACAUCAGCUUUCAAAAUGUGAUGACUGUGACAUCAGUAUAUAUACUUGAAAACUAAUCUAAUUAAAGAAGCUGGUAUCAGAAAGGACUAGAAAGAGUGUGUGUUUGUGUGUGCUUGUUUGUAAAAGAGUGCAGGAUACCAUGGCAGAGACUUCAGUGGAUCCCUCAUCUUUACCUGUAAUAAGGAAAAAGAAAAGUUUAUCCAUUGAGGAAAAAAUUGACAUAAUAAGUGCUGUGGAAAGUGGCAAGAAAAAAGCAGACAUUGCAGCAAAAUAUGGCAUAAAGAAAAAUUCAUUGUCUUCAAUUAUGAAGAAUAAAGAUAAAGUUCUAGAAGCCUUUGAGUCCUUACGAUUUGAUCCUAAAAGAAAAAGACUAAGAACAGCUUUUUAUACGGAUCUGGAAGAGGCAUUAAUGAAGUGGUACAGAAUUGCUCAGUGCUUGAAUGUACCAGUAAAUGGCCCAAUGUUGCGUUUCAAAGCUAACGAUUUUGCUCAGAAACUUGGACAUAGUGAUUUUAAGUGCAGUAACGGCUGGCUUGAUCGUUUUAAAUCAAGAUAUGGUUUAGUAUUCAGAUCUCAGUCUAUAGAAUCUGUGGCUACUACAGCAGAUACUUUAACUGUUUGGUACCAAAAUGUUCUUCCUUAUUAUUUAAAUGAUUAUCAGCCAAAAAAUGUGUUUAAUGUAAAGGAGACUGGAUUGUUUUAUCGGAUGUUACCUAAUAAUACUUUUGCAUUUAAAGGGGAAACUUGUUCUGUUGGCAAACUAAGCAGAGAGAGAAUAACUGUAAUGGUUGGUACAAAUAUGGAUGGCUCUGAGAAACUUCCUUUGCUUGUUAUUGGCAAAAAUAAAAAUCCGCACUGCUUUAAAGAUGUAAAGUCACUGCCUGUGGAUUAUGAGGCAAACAAUAUGGCAUGGAUGACCUCAGAAGUGUUUGAACAAUGGAUGCAUAAACUUGAUGAGAGAUUUCAAGCACAGCAGCGGCGAGUAGUAUUUUUUGUUGACUCUUUCCCAGCUCAUCCAGAGGUAAAGAAUCUGAAGUCUAUUGAACUGGUGUUCUUUCCUCCAUGCUCAUCAUCUAAAUUUAUAGCUAUGAAACAGGGAGUUAUAAGAAGUCUGAAAGUCAAAUACAGGCAUCGUCUUAUCAAGAGAUUUGUAGACUGUGUAGAAGGUAGUAAAGAGUUUACAUUGACUCUACUUGAUGCAGUUGAUAUGUUGCACCUAUGCUGGAGAAAUGUAACUCCAGAAACUGUUGUUAAAAGUUAUGAAGAAGCAGGAUUCAAAUCACAAACAGGGGAAAAUGGUGACACAGACAGAGAAAUUGAAAGUGGUUUAGAUUUGAUUGCACAUGCAUUGGCAGCUGGGGUAGAGUUUCCAGAAGGCUUAUCUUUGGAGGAAUAUGCAGGUUUGGAUGAUGACUUGGUAACAUGUGAAAUGCCCACAAAUAAUGAAACGAUGUGGACCAAAGAAAGCACUUCGGUUAAAACUGAUUUGUUUGUUUAUGAUGAAGAGGAAGAUGAAGGUGAAGGUGAUGGAUCUCCAGGAAUUGAACAGCCUUUGCCAUCAAAAAAUGAGGCUCUAACUGCUUUAGAUACUCUUCGAAGGUUUCUCAGAAGUCAAGACAUGAAUGAUUCACUUCAUAAUUCCCUAGCAGAUCUAGAUAAUUUUAUUGAGCAUGUAGCAUCUAAAUGAGGGUUUAUCCAAGUAUGAAAGCAUUUAAAUGGAAAAACUAGUUUUUUAGCUAGCUAAAAAACAAAAACCUGCAGCAUGGUUCUGUGGUUUGCUUUGCAAACAUAUCUAGGUAUGACAAAUAUAAUUUAAAAAAAUAGCUCUGAACUGAGGUCUUCCAAGGAUAAGGGUGGGGAGAGAGGUAACCAACCUUUGUGUAUUCUUGGGCCUUUUAACUUGAUAACUGUGGAAGGUACAAGAAAAGUAAAAAUGAUUUUCCAGUUGAUAAAUGUAGGUGGAUAUUGAACUCAGUUUGUUCCCUUUUUUAUUGAUUUCUUCCCCUCCCUCCCCCUCCCCCCAUGAAUAGACCCACUGAAGUUAGUGGAAGUCUGUGAAGUAUUUCAAUAAAGAUUUAUAAGAUUAGGCCUUAGGACUUUUAUUCUGCUUUAAAAUAUGCCCCCCCCCCAAAAAAAAAAAAUAAAGUUUGAGCUCUUAGAGAACUAAAGUUUUUUUUAAUGUAGAACUUUCUUCUUAAAGAAACCUAGUGAUGAUAUGUAGAUAUCAGAAUUUGUGUUUUAAAUAAGAAACAGUGGAAAAUUGGUGCUUGUUUUAUUUUUAAAAGAUAUGUUUGACCUGGAUCUAUAUGAGUAGCACAACCUGCACCAAAGUUUAAACAAAAACAAAGUUGACUCUAUUUGAUGGGUUGUACAUCAGAGUUCAAAAUGGAGACCCACUUAACUCCAUUUCAGCCUUUUGAUAUCUGAAAUUUGACUGUUCUAUAUGACUACUAUAUUUUUCUGUGGUAAAUAGAACAAUUUAGGAUUAGAUUAUGCAGUAUCUGCAUUUUAAAUCUCAGAAAUCUUGUAGUUACUGUACUUAGUAACAGUAUUGAUAUAAACCAAGUGAAGUACUUAAACUUGUAUUUGUGAAAUACAUAAUAUAGAGACUUUAUCUAGACUAGGAUUUUAUGCACCAGUGAAAGCUCAAAAUGUACAUGUGGUUUGAAUUGGUGCAGUUUUACAAUGUGGUAAAUUACACUGUACUCCUAAACUGAGCCUAGAGUAGAGGCAUGUCAGAGUGCAGCUACAUGAGAGGCUAAAAUCCCACUGUAGGUGAGGUCUAGAAUUUGUAAGACUUAAAACAAAAAUCUUCAUUUUUAAUCAUUGUAGAUAUUUAUCAAAAUAUUAGUUUUUUAAAAGUCAAACUUUAAUUUUUUCUGAUUUUUGAGAAAAUACAAUAUUUUACAGGACCACUUUAGAAAACCUAAGUGUUAUAGACUCUAUUGUUGGAUCUGGUUUCUAAACCUUACUCCAUUUUUUUAAAUUCUUGGUUAUGUAAAUGUUCAGUUUGAAAAUUAAUAGUUUGAGUAAGACUAUAUUUAUUUUACAUCUACAGGAUACUGAAUCCAAUUGUAAAUUCAUCCCUGCUACCAGAAAACAUUGUAUCAAAGUGUUAUCUUACAAAUCAUGAUGUUCCUUUUCAUGUGACAAAUUUCCUAUGGCUAAAUUGCAUGAAUCUUUCAUGAGAAUUGUUGUCUACAACAAUAUUAAUUAUCUACUUUUUGGGUUCUUGUUACAAAAUGACUGAGUUCUAUCAAAAAAAAAAAUGAUUGGGCUCGUUUUCUGAAUGACAAAUAAAGUCAACAUCUGACCCAGACAUUUAUAGAUUAUGUAGAGAAUGCAUCCCACUCCAUCAUCCUCUUAGAAUGCUGUUGGAAGAAUAUAGAUUUUUGUGGUUUGUAAAUUGGAACUAUAGUGUCUCAGUCACUAAACGCUUUAGACCCAACAUUUAGAAAACAUUACUUAUGCAAGCUAAGGCUAUUUUAAAGCUACAGAAAAUGAAAUGUUAAAUACCAUAAAACUUGUGACUAAUUUUCCUUUAAUAUUAUUAUGAUUUGAAGCUUGUCGAAUACGUUGUUAUGUUUAUCUUACUGUGGCUCCAAUUAAAGCAAAAUCCCAGUGGCCCUGAUCCUGCAAGCCAGUCUACCUAGCAGACCCUACAGCUGUGACCCACUGAUGUCAUUGAGUCUGCAGGUGGGUGCAGGGACCACAUGCUUUAAUUGCCCAGGCUAACUAAGGAACCUGACCUUCCUUCCUUCUAAGUCAAUGACAAAAUUUAAAUUAACUAAAUGGAUCAGGCUUGCACCCUAAAUAGUGAAGAUAAGUUAUGUUUAUUGCCAGAUGUAAUAAGUGAGCGAUGUAAAGGGGACAUGAACACAACAGAUUUUUUUUUUUUUAACCCAAGGUCUUGUGGAACAGUUGGAAUCUUUUUGGAAACAGAUUUAGAAGGUCAGGAGAAACUGAAAUAAGCAGGUCUGUGAACAACUAAACAAGCAAAGAUAGUGGACAACAAUAGGUACUAUAAUAAUGUUUUACUGAAAUAAUUUUAUGCAAAAUAGUACCCUAGUAGAUCUUAUAAUUGAGAUUUUUUUUGCCAUUUUGGGCAGGGGCAAUGUGUGACCAUGGGAACUACCAGAAAUUCAGGAGCUUGAAAAGUCUGAGUUUAUUCAUGCUAACAAAACAAGGCAGGAGCAAGAAAUAACUUAUUACUUUGGCCUUAGACACUGAAAGUGAAUUGUAAAACUUUCAUUUAAAAACACCUUUCAAGAUUCCAUAUUUUUUGAUAUAAUACACUUGAGAACUCGGUAUUUUCAAACCUCUUUUUUUCAUGUUGAGGCCAGCUAGAGAACUUACAUUGAAAUAUUUUUGCAGUUAACCACAUUAAACUUGAGUAAAAUUUUCAAACUGACUUACAAGUUUGAGUCUUGUUUUCAAAACUGACUUAAGAAGCCACUUUUGAAAAUGGGACUUAGGGUUUUAAGUCAAUUAGGUACUUUAAGUCCCGUUUUCAAAAGUGACUUCCUAAGUCAGUUUUGAAAACAAGACUCAAACUUGUAAGUCAGUUUAGGUGCUUUUGAAAAUUGUACCCUUGCUCUCAGAACACUAGCCAGCACCAAAGUGAGAAUGCAGUGUCUAGCAACAGACUAGUAGCAGAACUUGCCAGUGAGACUGAACAAAUGUAUUGUCCUUUCAUUUCUGUUCACUUUUUUAAAAAUUCUUUCAUAUAGCAAAAUCUACACUAGUCACCAGUGUAUGUAGACUUAAAAAUUACAAAUAAUUUGAGAUUCUGUGUUGAAGCUUAAAAUGGGUUCAGCUGUUGUUUCAAGUGGCUGUAAUAUGAUCAACUUUCAGAGGGAAAAUAUUCUUCAAGUCUUGGUAAUGGUGAAAAAGGAAUUUGAAUAUGUAAAUAUAUUUUUAACUUUAGUCCACAUACGCCCCCAUUUAUGGAUUUUUUUUAAUUGCUUAAUGUAAAUCUGCCAAGCACAUAAAGAUUAUUCAUUUUGGAAAGGGGAGAGGAUGAAAGGAAUUGUCUUCAAACUGAAAAAUGUUUGAAAUUAUGAACACUUAUAUAAAAGGCGGUUUACUUGACUGGUCAUUCUAAGUAUUUGUUAGGCUAUUAUUUUAUAUAUUUGUACAUUUAUUCCUCCAUAAUCACCCUGUUGCUUUAGCCUUCAGUGAGUUGAUAAUUUUGUACUGUGAGAUUUUUUUAUUUUAUUGGGUCUGCCAGAGUCAGUACCAUAUCCUCAUUGGCAGAUCAGGUACAAAGGAAAAAGGAGCCAUCUUAAGAACAUAAUUUCAGUAACUUGCAAACAGGGCCAGAAAAAUAAAAAAAUGUAAAGGUAUGUUUGAUGUACUUGAAAGCCUUGUCCAGCAUAAAAGUCACUGAAGUUAAAUUUACUUUGUAAGACAUCUGCAUUAGAAAAUUUUAGAAAAAUUACCCACUGGGGGGAUUUUAU